GUCAGUGUCAGUGUAGGUGUUGUCUCGUGCGCACUACUUGCGAUGUCCGGAGUGAGAUGCUUUUAUUAAAUUAAUAUGUGAUUCGGAAUACAAGUUUUUUUUAAGAGAUAAGAAGUCCAUAGCAACCCUCCGUGUCCAAGAGAAGCCCCUGGUCUAAUUGCGUGGCGAAUGCGCACCCGUGCCCCCCACUCUUCCAUACCCACCUGAGUUCAAUUGAUGGAGGUCACUGGAGCAGACAUAAGUUUCUCUUUGCAACAUGGUCUAAUCCGGGAUACAACAACUGUCAAUGCAUCCCAACUCACACUUAAAACUUUGAAGGAUCGGGCAUGUGAAUUCAUCAAUUCAAAGUUCCCGGACCAUAGCCUCAAUAAAUUAAACGAGCGACUAAUUCUUUUUCGACACGAUUACGACUCGCCAAACAUCCUUCAGAUCAUCAACGCAGCUUCUGAAGUUACUCAGGACACUCUGGUCGAGAUCGUCAUGUCGGCUCACAAUCCAUCCGAUGAAGUGCAGAUUCGGCCACACAUGUUAUAUGUUCACUCUUAUAAGACUCCUACAUUUUGUGAUUUCUGUGGGGAAAUGCUCUGGGGACUGGUUAGACAAGGGCUCAAGUGUGAAGGAUGUGGUCUUAACUUUCACAAACGAUGUGCCUACAAGAUCCCAAACAAUUGUAGUUAUGCACGUCGUCGUCGUACGUCUAUGCAACCUAUGCCACAUUCCCCAUCAGACUCCCUUAAUUCACUUCACAAUCAAUCAUCUCUUGAGGGGGAUGCCCCGGUGGUAAGGGACAUGGCAUCCCUAGCUGUCACCUCAACAACUUCCAGUCCAAACAUGAAGUCUGGUCGGUCGUCCUUCAGUGGAUCAGUUGGUAGACCAGCUUGGGUGGAGAAAGAACUAGCUGGAAGAAUAAAGGUGCCACAUUCAUUUGCCCUACACAGCUAUACCACACCUACCAUCUGCCAUUACUGCAAGAAGCUGCUGAAAGGUCUUUUUAGGCAAGGCGUUCAGUGUAAAGACUGCAAAUUUAAUGCUCACAAGAAAUGUUCCGAGAGAGUUCCAAAGGACUGUACUGGAGAAGCACCCAAAAAAGAUGAUGGGGAUACCGGUUCUGAUGGUUCUCGUGAUGAUGAAAGUGACAAUGAUGAUUCUCCACCAUCUACACUUCAUAUGGAUGCAGAAGGUCUUGAUGACGAUACUGUUCUGAGGCAAAGACCAAACAGUCCAUCUGCUAGUAACAACAUUCCAUUGAUGAGGAUUGUCCAGUCAGUAAAACACACCAAACGACCAUCAAAGGUGCUCAAGGAAGGAUGGAUGGUUCAUUUCACAAAUAAGGACAGCAUGCGCAAGAGGCAUUUUUGGCGUCUGGACACAAAAACUAUCACUUUGUAUCAAAAUGAAACUAGCACCAAAUAUUACAAAGAAAUCCAGCUCUCUGAGGUGCUAAAUAUAGAAACUGCCAAACAGCCACAGCCAACUGAUAUAUCAAAAGGCGUAAUACACUGCUUUGAGCUUCGAACUGCAAAUGUUGACUAUUUUGUUGGUGAAGAACCUAUUGCCAAGAAGGACGGAGCACCCAUUGUUAAUGCUCCCGAGACUGGUCUUGGAAUCUACUUAGCAAAGGUGUGGGAGAAUGAGAUCCGUAAAGCACUGAUGCCAGUAACACCUCAGUCCAGCUCAACUCCCACCUAUCCUCAGCAACAGGGAAUGGAUAAGGAAGAAGCCACUUGUAAUGACAUCUCGCAGAUCUAUCAAAUAUUCCCUGAUGAAGUCCUGGGUUCAGGCCAAUUUGGUAUUGUUUAUGGGGGUGUCCAUCGGAAGUCUUCCCGUGCUGUUGCUAUUAAAGUAAUAGACAAGCUGCGAUUUCCUACUAAGCAAGAGGCAGCUCUCAAAAAUGAAGUUGCUAUUCUGCAAAAUCUCAGCAAUCCGGGUGUUGUCAACCUAGAAAGAAUGUUUGAAACCCCAGAAAGAAUUUUUGUUGUAAUGGAGAAAUUGAAGGGAGAUAUGCUGGAGAUGAUAUUAUCAUCAGAGCGUGGCAAGUUAUCAGAACGUAUCACAAAAUUCAUCAUAUAUCAGAUCCUGGCUGCUCUAAAGCAUCUUCACAGUAAGAAUAUCGUACACUGUGAUUUAAAGCCUGAGAAUGUCCUCCUGUCAUCUGCUAGUGACUUUCCUCAAGUGAAGCUGUGUGACUUUGGUUUUGCCCGAAUUAUAGGAGAAAAAUCUUUCAGAAGAUCAGUUGUUGGAACGCCUGCUUACUUAGCCCCAGAAGUCUUGCGAAAUAAGGGCUACAAUCGAUCUCUGGAUAUGUGGUCAGUAGGUGUUAUUACCUAUGUCUCUCUUUCUGGGACAUUCCCAUUUAAUGAAGAUGAGGACAUUAAUGAUCAAAUUCAGAAUGCUGCCUUCAUGUAUCCUCCUAAUCCAUGGAAAGAAAUAAGUCAAGAAGCUAUUGACCUGAUUACCAAUUUGUUACAAGUAAAACAGAGGAAACGUCUUACAGUGGACAAGUCACUGGCACAUCUGUGGCUUCAGGACUAUCAGUGUUGGUGUGAUCUUAGGGAACUAGAACAAAAAGUUGGUGUUCGAUAUAUUACACACGAAUCUGAUGAUGCUCGCUGGGCAACCUAUCGUAGACCUGGUGAACAAUUAUCUCCUGUAACUCCAACAUCCGCGUGUCCAGACGAGGAUGUAUUAGCUGCAUAAUUAAUUUUAAUUUCUAUAAUUUUAUCAGAUGCUGCAAGAGUAACUAUUUACAUAUUCCAUUUUGAAGUGGUCUAAUUUUAAGAAGGCAAUAUAAUGUACAGUGAGUUGCCAUGGCAGGUAAUUGCAAAUUUGAAAGUAUGCAGAACCCUGCAGUACAAGAUAUAUGAUAUUGCAGACUUUUCUACAAAAGUGUAUUCUGAUACCGAGAUUGAAACUUAAAAUUGGAACAGAUAGAUAUUUUGAGCUUCUAAAUAAAACUGAAGAAAUGAGAGGGUGGGAAGUUGUACAAGUCUUGGAGACAUAAAAAAUUGUCUCACCCUAUCUAUAUCUCUCUCUCUCUCUCUCUCUCUCUCUCUAUAUAUAUAUAUAUAUAUAUAUAUAUA